UUGCAAUCCAAGGAUCUUUCUCAAAAUCUCGUGGUCUCACAUCAUCUGCUUCUUCUUCUUCUUCUUAUACAAUCCUCAAAUCCAUCACCAUGUCGGCAACUCCGCUGCUAACAGAUCAAAUGCGCGCUGCAACCAAAAGCGAUCAUGACAAGUCUGAUAAACUCGUCAAUCUGAAACUGGCGCUGGUUCUCACUUCCCCUGCUCUCUAUGGGGAGGCUUUGGGUCUCUUCCUUCCGGUUUUCGAGACAAUGGAGAGCAUCAUUGAUCGCAACUCCAAGCACCCACAGAUUGGUAAGCUGCAUCCCAUGAUGGAUAUUCUCCGUCGAACCCCUGGCUUCCGUUCCGAUUUGGAAUACUAUCUCCCUGGGGAUCGCCGUCAAGAAUUAGAAAAGGCGUGGAAAAAUGGUGAAAACGCCGUGAUCAAAGAAUACGUGGAACACCUGGAGAAACUCGAAAAGGAGGAUCCUGUGCGAGUAUUGGCGUACGCCUAUCACUUGAAUGGAGGCGUAUUGGCAGGGGGGCAAAUAAUUUCCCGAAUGGUGCGAAAAGCAAUGGGCCUCCCCAACAAUCAAGAAGAGGGAGUAAUGGUCUUCAAAGUCAAGGAUGAAGCAAGCAUGAGCAAUAAGGGGGUGUUCCAAAAGGUCAAGUCUAUCUUCAACGAGGAACUCGAGUUAUCUGCAGAAUCAAAGCAAGCGCUGAUUCAAGAAGGUAAAGAGGUAUUCAGACUCAAUAAUGCGCUUGUGUCAACGGUGAAAGGCACCCAGGCGUGGGACCAAGCCGCCGAUGCCUUCACGAAAAAGAUCUUGCUGAUCUGUUGCGUCAUUCUUGCUUGCUACUUUGCCUGGCAUGUCUUUGCGCUUGGUUCAGGAGGAAUCCUCCAGCAUGGAUACUAGCUAGCUAAAUCAUUGGACUGACUGAAUAGUAAGGAACUAUAGUUAUUAUAGUACCAAAGGCUCCCGUUUACUCUAGCUACCAUAGACAAAAUUGGACUUCCCAAGCAAACCGAGACAGAACCUACAAAACAAGCAAUAGUGACAAAUUGAGUCAGUGAACAACAUCAUAUGAAUGCAACUUCACGAUGAACAGGAGCUGUUCUGCCAACUAUCCAUCCGUAAUGAUUUCACUCUUCAAGCACAGUUGUGUCAGAGAAUGUAGAUAAAAUAAAAAAAUCAUCGUCAU